AUGUUAUUGGAUAACUUCUCUGAAGAACAAUUGAAACGAUAUGAAGUUUACAGACGUUCAGCGUUGAGCAAACCAAAUGUUAAAAGAAUGGUUGGGCAAAUACUUGGACAUCCAUGUUCACAUAACAUGUCAAUAGUUGUCGCCGGCUUCGCAAAAGUAUUCGUGGGCGAAAUUGUCGAAAAAGCUCUUGAUGUUAGACAAGAAUGGGGGGAAACAGGCUCUCUCUCACCAGAACACUUACGCGAAGCAUAUCGGAGAUACAAAAAAGAGACAAAAUUAACCCAUAAUUACCAGAAGAGAUUAUUUACUAAAUAA